AUGCGUUGUGCUGCUUCUCCUCUCAGUGUACAGCAGGAUCUGGACGGCUGUGAGUGUGAGCGAGAGGUUCUUCUGCUGGUUUUCAUCAUACUGCUCAACAUCACCAUCACAGCAGAGAGAGACCUGAUAAAGAGUUACAAGAACACAGUUGAAGAGCUCAAUCAAACCAUCAACCGCUUACAGGACAAUCACACUGAUCUAAUGACUGAAAAACACCAACUGCAGAAAAACUUCAACUCUUUGAGUCAGAAGAACCUGGUGCUGGAGACCAGAGUCAAUGAUCUCACUGCUGAGAAAAAACAGUUACAGAGAGAUUUUGACUCUUUGAAUAAGAAGGGCCUAGUUAAUUUCUUCAUGUCCACUGAGUUGAGCUGGUCUGACAGCAGACAGUACUGCAGGGAUCGUGGAGCUGAUCUGGUCAUUAUCAACACUGAAGAGAAGCAGAGGUUCAUAACUUCAUUAGUCAGUGAGAGAGUGUGGAUUGGUUUGUCUGACACAGAGAACGAGGACGUCAUGAAAUGGGUGGAUAAUUCAACACUGAAACAAAGGUUUUGGUUCAAAGGUCAGCCAAACAACUAUGAUGGAAAUCAGGACUGUAUUGAACUGAAUUAUGAAAGAGAGAAGCCGGGAUGGACACCACUGAACAGCUGGAAUGAUUUUUCAUGCUCUGCAAAGAAAAAGGGGAUUUGUGAGAAAUAGGGUUCAUCUUGUCUUAUGGUUGUGCUUUUAUUAUCUAAUAUAAUCAUUCUAAUUGUAAUCACAUAAGUUCUGAUUGAGGUCCCUGCCUUUGAAAUUUGUUUGAAGGGAAAUGUCAAAAUGUCAUUUUCUUAUUGCUAUAAUAAUCUA